AUGUUUGCGCAAAAGCUGGUAAUCUUUAUGGCUGUGAUGGUGGCCGCAGUGGUAGCAUCAGAAUACGUUCCAAGAGCUUAUUUCGAACCAUUUGCUGCCAACAAAGCUCACAACCUUACCAUUGGAUACAGAGUACCAGGAGACAGGCUCGUCCUAAGAUCAGGCGUCUCUAAAAAAUCUUCAUGGUUGCAAGUCGUAACUACUGAAGUAACCUUUAACGUAAGCAGAUUCGAUCGCAUCACUAUGGUUGCUGCAUACGAUCAAAAAAGCGAUGGUACAGGAGCUUACGCUAGUCUACUGAAGGGUGGUCCAGGAUAUUCAAACGUCACAAUGCGUUUCAAGAGUCAAAGAAAUCAUGGCAUCAACUUCGUCGUCGAAGUUUACGCAAGAUCUUAA